UCUGCCUCAGCGAGAAGAGCUACCGCGAGCAAGCCAAGGCUGAACGAGAGUCCCGAGAGCAUGAGGAGCCGACCACAUCCGAGAUGACAGAGGAGACUUACCCGCCCAAGGCCUACCGGCCCAAGCACGGGCGCCUCUCUGAGCUCAAGGCUGAAGCCCUGAAGAAGGACCGCCGGAAGAAGCUGACGCUGGCCAAGUUUGUGGGCAUGGCCGAGAACACGGCGCACCCACGUGUCAUCAUCCCUGAGCUCCGGCAAGAGUUUGAGCUGGGCCCCUGCCGUAGGCACAUGGAGGCAUCUCUGCAGGAGCUAAAGAGCAGCCAGCGGAUGGUCCCCCGCGCUGUCCACCUCCCCAACUGCGACCGCAAGGGCUUCUACAAGAGGAAGCAGUGCAAGCCCUCCCGAGGCCGGAAGCGUGGGUUGUGUUGGUGUGUGGACAAAUACGGCAUGAAGCUGCCGGGGACUGACUACCUGAGCGGAGACCUUCAGUGCCACGCCUUCGACAGCAGCAAUGUGGAGUGAAGUCGCAUCCCCUCCCUCCACCCCGUCACUACCUACCCAGGCUCCCUUCCACCCUCCCCUCCGCACCUCCCCACUCCCCAGGACUCCGAUUCCUUUCAUCUCAUGUAAGAAGAAAAAAAGAAAGGAAAAGAAAAAAGAGAAAGAAAGGAAAAUGAAAAAAAGAGAAAGGGA